UUUUAACUUGAGAGUUUGGAGUCGCUCUCUCCUCAUAUUUCCUAGACCCAGAAGGCCCAGACGAACGGAGAAACGAAGAGAGAGAGAUGGGGAAGAAAGCGAAGACCUCUCGGAAGGGGAAGAAGGCAUGGAGAGCAAACAUAAGCACAGAGGAGAUCGAAGACUUCUUCGAGAAGUCCACCAAAGACGCUCUCUCCGGUGGCUCCCUCUCCUCCGCCCCCACCGACUCCCUCUUCGUCGUCGACAAGUCCAGAGAUCUAUUGGUGAAGCGGAAGAUCGAAAAACAUAGGGAAAAAGUACUCCGCAGUGACAGCGUGCUACAAAAGAACCCUUUUGUACAACUAGUUCCAUCCUCAAUACAGAAGAAAUCCAAGAGAAAGCAUAACGAGGUUACAAAAGCAAAUGAUGCGACUCAAGGUGGUCCCAAGGAUGAUUUUGCCACAGCUUCUGGCAUGGUUGAUAUAUGGGAUGAGAAAGGUGAAGACAAAAGCAAAUCCAAAAAGAAAUCGAAGUCUUCAAUUAUUCCAGCAGUAGAAGUUGAGCCUCCAGGUUGCUCAUUCAAUCCUUCACUUGAAAGUCAUCAGGAUGUGUUGGCUCAUGCUGUUGCAGAAGAAAUGCAGAAAGUCUAUCAAAAUGAGUUGGGACCUCAGCCAGUUCCACUGACUGUUCCAGGGGAAGCUAUCAAUGAUGAAGAUAUGUAUUUUAUUGAGGCGGAUGAUGGAAGUGAUGAUGAUGAGAUGAAUUUGGAAAAUCUGGGUGAAAAUGAGGAUUCUACACAAGAGAAAAGGUCUAGUAAAACGAAGAGGGUGACCCAAGUUGUGCUGAAUAGGAGAGCUAGACGCAAAGAACAGCUGAAAAUGGAAGCAGAAGCUAAAAAGUUCAAGGAACUUUCUAAAGAAAUUGACAGCUUACCAAAUAUCAUUCAAGAAAUAGCCAAAGAAGAUGAGGAGAAGCAAAAAAGACAUCUCCGCCGAGUUGUAGCCAAACAAGAAAGACUAAAAUCAUGUCCACCACGCUUGGGAAGGCACAAAUUUCAGCCUGCCCCAGUUCAAGUCCUAUUAUCUGAAGAAAUAACCGGAUCACUCCGCAAGUUGAAGGGUUGUUGCACUCUUGCAAAGGACCGGUAUAAGAGCCUAGAGAAAAGAGGACUAAUUGUCCCGACCGCCAAGAGCAGAAGGAAGUAGAGUGGUUUCCGUUUGAACAGACAAGUUUGCCUGGUUUGUGAAGAAGAUCACUACAGUUUUCACAAGACGGUGAUCUUUAAAAGCAAAGUGAUUGAUGGUCUAGUAUCGUGGAUUCAUCUACCCAUGCAGAAGAUUUUUGUUGUUACGUGUUUACUAAUAUAUAGAUUUUUCUUUUCCCCCUAAUAUUCUGGUUCAAAAUUUUUGGUGUUUUAAUCACUUUCAAUUUUAUCAAAAGGAAGUGGAAAAUACUCUUAUUAUGCUUAGUAUGUAUUCGGCCAAUGUUAGUUCACAGCCAAUGAGCCAAAUGAUAGAUAAAGAUGUUUGUUUAAGUUGCUCAUCUUCAUGGAAUGUAAACACUUUAUGUUUUUUAA